UGGAACGUUUCCUAUCGAAAGGUGGAAAAUGAACAAAAAUGGGAUAUAUUUUAUGUAUAUGCAAGUUUACCUUUCGGCAAUAAGUCUGAGAAAAUUUUAUGUUCAGGAGGCAGUCACGAAAAAGGAUUAUCUGAGGUUACGCGAAGAUUAAGAAAGAAAAAUGAAGACGUAUUUUAACAUUUCUGUCAGAAAUUGUUACCAUUCCUAUUUCUCAUGUUGCACAAUAUGGGAGUUAGAAGUUUUUUUUUUCUAAUCGGUAUAUCAUAAACAUCUCUCUUUUGUAUAGUUAGUUAAACGCAUAUAAAAACUCAUUUUUAGAAAUUUGAUGCUGCAGAGUUUUAAUAUGAGGUGGUAUUUGUUAAUGUAUUAUUAUAUAUUGGUAAUCAUUUCGUUGGAUUGCUUUUCAUCGAUUAAUUCAUUGCCUGCAAUAUCGAAUGAAAAUAUAAAUGCAAUAAAAGAUGGAAUCUAUAGAGAUAUUAGAGCAUCUUUAAAGAAUGAGCGAUACUCUGGUCCCAAAGUAGCCAUUGAGACUUCUUCGUUAGAUUGUCCAUCUUCUACUCCAGCAGACUGUGGUAUAAAUUUACUAGACGAAACUCCAAAUGUAGCUAUAGAAAGUGAAGUGUAUUUGAUAGAUGGAAUGUUAAAAGGAGGAUUUGAGGGACUAACAACAACUCCAGACCCCUUUGUGAUAGAAGAACACCACGAGAGUCAUUUUUUCAUUUAUCCAGGAACGAAAUGGUGUGGCUCUGGCAACAUUGCAGUCAGUUAUGAUGACUUGGGCGAUGAAGAAGAGACGGACAAAUGCUGCAGGAUCCAUGAUUCCUGUGAAGACUACAUGUUAGGUGGAGAAACAAAAUUUAAUCUGACUAACAAGUCAUCAUUUACAAGUUUGAGCUGCGAGUGUGAUGAGAAAUUAAACGAAUGCUUGAGACAAGCCAAUACGCGUACUUCGAAUUUAAUCGGAACCCUAUAUUUCAACAUUCUUUCAAGGAAAUGCUUCACCUUUGAUCAUCCCCAAAAGUGCAAGACACAAGUAACGCUUCUGAAACUUUGUUCAGAAUAUGAGCCAGAUACAUUUGCUGAAAAGAUCUACCAGUGGACAUCACCUAAGAAGUUCAAGACACUAUGAAUUUUUAAAGAAUGUUUUUUUUUCUAGUUAUAAAAGCGGUGGACAAAAUAAAUUUUAUUUAUCUUUUUUUUAAUUAUGAUAUAGUCACAGAUGCGAUUUAAAAAUGUGCUGACUGAAAAUUGGUGGCCAAUAUUUUCAGAUAUUUGAUUUAAAUUCAUGUAAAAAAUGGAGUGCAUCUGUUUGAUAAAACCUGUUGAUAAUACUGAUGUUGAUAUACAUCUUUUUGAUAAAAGAAAAAAAAUGUUUGGAAAUUUUAUUGAUAUUUGUUCUGUGAGGAUCAUAACUUAGAAAACUUGCAACGGAAAAAUCACUUUAAAUAGAAAAGUCUCGUAAGAAUUUACCAAAUACAGGAAAGGUUUCAGCUGAAGAGAGACAAUGACUUACUAUAGGGUAAGAAAAAUGCGAUUAUUAGAAAAUAUCAGUGCUAGCUUUAGAUGUUUCGGGACCUAACUAGAAACAACAAUUUUAAUUUUUAAGAAUC